CUUCGCGCGGGGCGGGGGAAGCACAUUGAUACCGUUGCCUGUUAAGGAGACGCGUGUGUGUUUCGCUUCGUGAACAUGCCAAAAACUGCCAAGGCAAAAGGAGGAGGGCAGGAGAAGAAAGUCAUCCACCCUUACAGCAGAAAAGCUGCUCAGCUUACGAAACAAGCACACAAACAGGUUAAAAAGGAGAAAUUGAAAAAUGAAAAGGCCUUUCGUCUCAGCAUUGUGGGUGAAAAAUUGCUUUGGUUUCAAAGUCACCUUGAUCCUGACAAAAUGGAAUAUACAAAAAAAGAAGCUUCUGAACUAGUAGAAAAUUAUUUGCAGCGAUUUCGUGAUGAGUUGGAGCAGAUCGAACUGCACAACAGCAUUAAAGGAAGACAGUCCAGACAGCACAGUUCCAGGGAAACAGUAAUCAAGCAGACUAUGGAACGUGAAAGACAGCAAUAUGAAGGCUAUGGCAUAGAAAUCCCUGACAUUGUAAACUGCAAUCAUCUUCAAUAUUUCAGAGACUGGGAUGGUGACCUGAAGAAGCUACCAAAUAUUAAAAUGAGAAAGUUAUCCAAUAAAGAUGUCUUUAGUAGUAGAAUGGAGAAGGCAAGUGUUGAAGCUGGAAAUGAAUUGUCUGCAGCACAGGAUGGAGACUAAGGAGAAAUUGCCAGGGUAUUUGAAACAAAUUGGCAAGCCAGUGUUUUAACUGUCUGUGGCAGCAAGAAGCAAGAAACCUUCCUUUCAGUCAAACAUGCUAUUCUGACUGCUGUGUCUUUCAGUUUGUACUGGAGUUUAUGACAUAGCAAUGUCUUUUGAAAAAACAGUGCAAUGUAUGUAAAGUUCAUAAAAAUGCUUGAUAUUAUAUUGAUUGAGCCAAAUUCUGAUUAGUCUAAAUUCAUAUAAUGUAGCAAAGCAACAAACAGAUUUACAAUGCAGGAAGAAAAAGUCAAAUACCUUCCACCUUACCUACUAUCUUUCCCCAGUUGUUGUUCUUCAAGAGGAAGUACUGGUCUGAUUGUCGUUAAAAUUGCUGGAGCAAAGUAUUUUUAAGAGUAAACAUAAAUGCACCUUUUCAUACCGCAAGGGUGACAACAUCUUUAACAGUGCAUUUUGGCAUCAUUCCUUCCUGAAGGUGCAGGUUGAGAGUAUAGCUCAUAACAUCACUUGAGUGGUUUGGGUUCAUAAAUGUGGUCUAAUUUUGGGGCAGAUACUAUUAAGGGGCAAAAUAAAGCUUGAGGUACCUUUUUCCCCCUUGAACUCCUUCAAACAGUAAAAAAGCAUGAUGGGUGGGAACCUUUUGUCACAUUCUCUCAACACACCGAAUUUAGUUCUGUCCUUUUUACAAAAAGCUAUCCUGCUAACAAUACAUAGAUACACAGAGUUGUGAGCCCCAGUAUCUAAUUUAUUUCCAACAUUCUGUUGGAUUGGAAAGAAUAAAAUAUGGGCUGUAAAACAAUACUGAACAAAGUGUACUAACCAGUAUAUUUAAGCUUACUUCUGUCUUGGCUUUGGCCUUUGUGUUCUUUAGUUGUAGAAUAUUCUGUGUAAUAAUUUGUAAUAUCUUGAUAACUGAAACUAUUACUCAUUUUUAGACAAGCAAACACAGCUUGACUUCAAAAGUUUGGCUUCAGUGAACUUACUAAUGGGCUUUCAUGCUUGUAUAUUGAUCUUUUUUUAAAACAAAGUUCCUUGUUAAGUCCAAAAUGGGUCAUCAUUAAUAUUGAUUUAUAAAUCAGAUCUUGAAGCACAAAUUCUGGUUAGUAAACUAACAUUAAACUAUAUUCCUGAAGAAUGGAGGAAAGAGAGUGAAAACUUGAUUUUGUUUUUUUCUUCUUCUUCUAGUCUCUUGAGUUAAACUGUUGCUCAGGAAAAGGACUGAGGUUACAUUUGGUUUUAACCAGGCUUUUUCUCCACUAAUCAAAUGUCAUCUGCGGCAUUGAGGCUGAGCUUUCAUUUCAAAUACACCAUAAAAUUCAGUGCAAAACCUCAGUGCACAGGAUAAGGCAAUGAUAUCCUCCUCAAGUUUGUAACUUCACACUGGAAAUAUAAAUACAUUAUUAGUUUCUAUUUAUUUAAAAAAGAAAUAAUUUAUAGCUAUUUCAGAGUCAUCUGUUUAUUACAAAUACAAAUUUGUUCCACAACAAUUAGUUUUUUUCUCAACCAAGAACCUUUUUAAUACACAAAUCACCCACAAAAGCUCUUGCCAAAGAGAACCGGGUAAAACAAGUAACAAACUUGCAGGUCCAGUGAUUAUACAUAAUAAAAUAUUUGCAUCAUAGACUGCAGUGCAGUUUUCAGAAAUUGACAUAAUUUUCAGAUGAAUAGGGAUCUAUGCAACAAUGCAAUAUUGACCUGUGCUAUUGUUUGGUUUCUAACCUGUAGCAAUUACACCAAUAGGUUAUUUAGAUAUGCUUAUAUGGCCAGCAGGAUAAUCUGGAGUGGAAUAUCCCUAACAGCCACUUAGAGAGCUGUUGAAAAAAAAUGUUGGCAUUUAAAAAUUUGCUUUUUUUCUUGUGGACAAUAUGUUCCACAUUUUCGUCUGGUAUCUUUCACGUAGUUUUUCUUUACUGGUACUCAAAAAAGACAGAUGGCAUAUUGCAAUCUAUGUGGGACAAAUAGCAUUUUUUAAAAUAUAUAUAUACAACUGAUAGUUGUUCCUUCAUACCUGUUUCUAUAAGCAUCAAGUUUUAGAAACAGCAUGAAUAAUUCCCUUUUCAGUUCUAUGGAAUGAAGCCAAAAUCAGUCUUGGUUUUGAAACUGUGGCCGGCACAGUUAUUUUGUAAGUUUUUUCUAAAUCUUGGGAUGGGAAUGAUGUAGAACUUUUCUCCCCAGUGCAUCAUGCUAUAUAAUCAUGCCAAACAUUUCUAUGAAUCCAGUAUUUUACUGGCGCUGAGAUAUAUGAAUAACCAGUCAUUUACCUUUUGCCACUUGCAUGAUAAUCCUGUAUGUGGUCUCUGUAAAACGUACAGUUGGGCAACUAACUGCCUGAAUUGACAGAAACAUUAGUGGAAUGAUAAGAAAUUAACGUUGCAGUGCUAUUCCGAAAGUGCCUUUUGUUGCAUAUAAAUUCAGUUUGCAGCUCUUAAUGCCCUAGUGAUCAUCUAUGCAAAGCAUAGUAAUAUCAUAAAUAUUUAUAGUUGGAGAAGGAACACAACUUACCACUCCAAACUAUAACUAAACUAUAUCCUGGUCUAUGUCACUUAGAAAAAAAAUGCAGACCACUCAGUUUGAAUUUGAUUUCAGAUUGUGACCUAACUUCUUUUGCAUCUGUCCUGUUCUCUGUAUUAAAUUAUGUGAUGGUCAUAUAAUGGCAUACCCCCCCCCCCACUGAAAGACUUAGUUUACAGGUUAGUUACCCAAUUUUCAUUUCAGAAAGCUUCCCGGCCUUAAAAUUCUUGUCGUAUAUAUCAUAAUGUAUAAUAUUAACCUGAUGGUUAAUAUGUUUUCAGCCAAGCUAGAAUUCUGGUAUUAUAACUGAAGUUCCUAUUUACUGACAUCAGUGAGAAAAUGCCCUUUUACAUUAAUGAAGUUAACUGCUGUUGCAGUUUCUCAGAGGACCAAAGACAUAACAUCAGCUCAGACUUUCAGGAAAAACAGUUUACUUUUCUUUAAAAUCUGCAGCAUGAAUUAUAAUCCUUUUUAGAAAUAACCAAUUGCAAUUAUUCAUAAUAAGCUUCCCUUAUUACUAUUUUCUUGUAUAACUCACAUUACUUGGGCACAACUCACAAUACAAUCAACAAGCAUAACAGUGGUAUAAAUAAGAUACUUAUUUUUCUGUAAAUAUCUUACUUUUUUUAAGCCUCCUGGGUAAAUACUUCUGAAAUGGGAUGCCAAAUUCUUCUUUAGGUUCCCUGCAGGAUGCACCCUUAUACUGAUAUGAAUUUAAGCAUCUUAUUUAAUCAUACCUCAUAUUUUAUAUUAAUAUAUUAAAAUAACAAUAGUAUCAUAUGAACUAUUGAAUCCUUAAUUGUUAAAUUCUCUCUUGUAUAGAAGAUACUGCAUAUACAAUUGUCAAUUAAGUUAACAUUGAAGUCAUGUGAAUGCUGUCCACACUGUUUCAAGGCUAUCCUUAUCUUUUAAAACAAAACACUGGGUUGCAGACUUCUUUUGCAAAGAAAAGUACUGUGGUCUCUUAAUACUUUGAUUUCAUAACUUAUCCUUUAGCAGAAUAAUCUUACAGAUGGUAGGGAAAUUCUGUCAAUUUUAAUAUUCUACUGUAUUAGAAUAAUCACAAAUCAAAUUGCUGUUCCAGAUGAAUGUUACAAUUUGCCAGGGAAUUUGUAGUCAAUUAUUUCUCUGUCUAUUGUUGACCAAGAAAAAUAUUUCUAAUGUUCUAGUUUACAAAUACUCAAAAUCCAUUAUUACUUCAUAACAGUGUGGUUGUUUCUACAUAAAUGUUAUAGGGUAACCACCUUAGCAUUAAAUAUGAUAUUAUCAAACAGAUAAUUUGUGCUUCGAUGCAUACCUUUAUAAGAACCUUAAAAAUUUGCUUUGAUACCCCCCCCCAAGUUUACAAUAAUUAGCAAAAAGACCAUAGUAGCAAAUACACAUAAAGGUUUUUUCCUUGUAAACAGAACACCAGUAGAAGUUCUGCAUUGCGCAGUUCUUUUAAGCCAUCAGUAGUGGUGUUGGCAUGUCUAUUUGCCUGUAAGAAGUUUUUGCUUCUGUAUCUUCUUCACUUCCACUUUUAACUGUACGUAGCAAGAAAGGUGAAAAAACAUUUCUAAGUUACAUUUCAGAGGUAAUUUGCAGCUCCUUAUCAAUUUUCCUUGCUAUUUUCUUCUUUGUUCUUUUUUCCAAUACACUCUGUGGAUUUGGAUUUUUUCUUGCUGCUAACAGAAACAUUUUACUUUGUUCCCCAAAGGAAUGCU